AUGUCUUCGAAAACCCAGCUUGAUUCAUUUGUUCUUAGUGCUCUAACAUGUCCUAUCACCUUGGAGUUAUUUACUGAUCCGGUGGUUGCAGAUGAUGGUCAUACAUACGAAAGGUCGGCUAUAGUCGAAUGGAUAAAAAACCAUCAUGAAACGAGCCCAAUGACACGACAGACCAUAAAAUUGAAAAAUCUAAAGCCCAAUAAUGUCGUCAAACAAUUAGCUGAUCAAUACCGUUCGUCAUCUACAUCAAAUGUGAGUACAGAUUUAGUUAUUUUCUACGGUGGUGGUACAUUACUGAACAAACAACAGCGACUUCUGAUAAACGAUCUCUUCUACAAACCAAAAAAAUGGUUAUUAAUUUAUAAAGCAACUCGAGAUGGCUUCGGUUCAGGUGAUUUCCACAACCAUUGUAAUAGUCGAGGUGCUACACUCACAUUGAUUCAAACGCGCUCUCGUUUUUCAAGGAAAAAGCAUCCAACAAUCUUUGGUGGUUAUACUACGAUUCCGUGGUCGUCUCGGUAUGCAUUCUAUACCGAUCCACAAGCAUUUCUAUUCCUUCUAAAUCGAAAUGAAUUGACUCGAUUCAGUUUGGGCUCACAAGAAGAAGUCGCUGUGUCACAUAAUAUUUCUGCAGGACCGAUUUUUGGUUUUGACGAUAUUCAUAUAUGUCAUCGAGCUAAUGAAAAUAGCUUCAGCUACUCGAAAUUUCCCAAUUCCUAUGCAGAUUCCAAGAAAGAUGGUCUCGGCAGAAAAACAUUUUCCAAAACGAAAUUUUUCUCAGUUGCUGAAAUCGAAGUUUACAAGGUCGUCACAUAG